AUGUCCAGCCCGGCUAAAAAGCGCAAAAGAGAGGUUCCGCAAUCGAAUCCCCAGCCUUUUCGGAGCAUAGCGUCAUUCUUCCAGGGCCAAGCCAGCAAACAAGCUGAAAAGACGCUGCAGAGUAUUGAUUCUGCUCCCGAAACUGUAGUGGAAGAUGGACUUUCUGAUGAAGCUCUUGCGCGCAAGCUUCAAGCUGAGUUUGAUAAAGAGGAUGCGCCAGCUGGGGGGAUAGGCAUUCCUAACAAUGAGCCUAGCCUACCAGCUUCAAGCUCGACUGAUAAUGGUCUGGAGCCACCAAGAAAAGUGCCGAAGACGCAUACGUUAUCACUACAAUCUUCUGUUGGCACAGAAGACACUAUCUGCUCUGCGAUACUGUUCGACCAGAGUCCGUUGACGUUUGACUCAACCAAAUGCGCAGCAGAGCUAACGGUCCAUUGGGUUGCCGAGGGGGGGAACGCCUCAUACGCCCUGUUGACCCGAGCAUUCGUAUUGGCGAAUUCAACUACAAGCCGGAUCAAGAUUGUUGAUACGCUUGUCAACCUCCUUCGCGUGCUCAUCGAAGGCGAUCCGACAAGUGUUUUACCCGCCGUCUGGUUGGCUACGAACUCUAUUUCUCCGCCUUAUAAGGAAGUCGAGCUUGGCUUGGGUGGCUCUUCUAUAUCAAAGGCUUUGAAGAAGGUCUAUGGGCUGAAUCCGCAGGGUCUCAAAACGCUAUAUGAUCGGUAUGGGGAUGCCGGCGAUGUGGCAUUCGAGGCAAAGAAAAGGCAGAGCUUUACAUUAAUGAAGCCGAAACCAUUGACCAUCAAGGGUGUCUAUCAAUCUUUGAGGAAGAUUGCCACGAGUAAAGGCAGUGGAAGCCAGGAAUCGAAACAAAGAAUCGUGGAGAAGUUACUACAAGACACACGGGGUGCAGAGGAAAGCCGGUAUAUUGUGAGGACGCUCGUUCAAAACCUACGCAUCGGGGCUGUGAAAACUACUAUGCUGAUUGCGCUUGCGCGAGCCUUUCUAUACUCAAAACCGGAGGGAGCGGAGUUUCCAGUCCGAUCCCAGCAGAAUUUGGCACGUCUGAAGAAGGAAGAGCUCACCGAAGUCUACAACAAUGCAGAGGAGAUUGUGAAGGCCUCAUAUGCACGACAUCCAAAUUACAAUGAUUUGGUCACAUGUCUUCUCGAGAUCGGAGUUAGCGACGAACUCCUUCUCCGCUGCGGACUACAGCUACAUAUUCCGCUCAGACCGAUGCUGGGCAGUAUCACACGAGAUUUGUCGGAGAUGCUUACGAAGCUUCAAGGACGGGGUUUUAGCUGUGAAUACAAGUAUGACGGACAGCGAGCGCAGGUCCAUUGUGACGACAAGGGGAAGGUAUCAAUAUUCUCUCGCCACCUGGAGAACAUGACGGAGAAAUACCCGGAUCUUGUGUCCCUUGUCCCGCAAAUCCGAGGGGAAAGCGUGUCGAGCUUCAUUCUAGAAGGGGAGGUCGUUGCGGUGGAUAAUGAAACCGGUGAACUCCAAACGUUCCAAGUCCUGACCAAUCGAGCAAAGAAGAAUGUGGAUAUCGGCGGCAUCAGGAUCAAUGUCUGUCUUUUUGCGUUCGACUUGAUGUAUCUGAACGGCGAGCCGUUGCUGGAUCGGCCUUUCCGCGAACGCAGGGAACUGCUCCGCAGCUUGUUUGUCGAGAUCCCCAACCAGUUUACCUGGGUCAAGAGCUUGGACGCUACAUCGGCCGAUUCCGAGACCGUUCUGGAAUUCUUCAAGGGCGCCCUCGACGCCAAGUGCGAAGGGAUCAUGGUCAAAGUGCUCGACAACGUGCCGAAAGCCAACAUCAAGCAACCGCAAGGCGAUUCCACGAUGACCGAUGGCAUAGCAAACGCGGCAGGAGAAGCACCACCCGAAAAACCCUCCAAGGGCGCCCGGCGAAAAGCCCUCUUGUCAACCUACGAGCCCGACAAACGGCUCGAGUCCUGGCUCAAAGUCAAGAAAGACUACAGCACCUCCUCAGAGACGCUGGACCUAAUCCCCGUGGCUGGGUGGCACGGCCAAGGCCGCAAGGCCAAGUGGUGGUCUCCGAUCCUCAUGGCCGUCCGCAACCCAGAAUCCGGCAGCCUCGAAGCGGUCACGAAGUGCAUGUCCGGCUUCACGGACAAAUUCUACCAGGCCAACAAGGACAAAUACGCCGAGGGCACGCCGAACGUCAUCUCGCGCCCCGCGUACGUCGAGUACCACGGCGAGCCGGACGUGUGGUUUGAGCCGCAGGAGGUCUGGGAGAUGGCGUUUGCGGAUAUCACGCUCAGCCCAACGUACACGGCGGCCCUCGGGCUGGUCAGCGACGAGCGCGGCCUGAGUUUGCGGUUCCCGCGGUUCCUCAAGGUCCGCGACGAUAAGUCGAUCGACGAGGCGACCACGUCAGACUACCUCGCUCUGCUGUGGAGGAAACAGGCAGAGCGGAAAAUUGAGGAGGAGCAGCAGCAACCCGACAAGGCCGAGAGAUUGGGCUGGCAGGAAGAGUGA